AUGAAGAGCACAAACAAAAAACUGUCGGCUUAGGAUGGAAAAUUGAUAUAUGAAGGAGACAUAAUAACAGAUGAUAAAUCUAAAUAAGUCCUUUAUGAUGGUCCAGGAUAUUUAUUUAAUAAUGAAACUAAGUGUUUUUUCAAAGGAACAUGGAAUAGGGGUGAAAAAGUGUGUGGGAUAGAAACUUUUCCAAAUGGAGAUGUUUAUGAAGGUUAAUACAAAGAUGGAAUGUUUCAUGGUAGAGGUUUGCUUUAUAAUAAUGUUUAACUUUAUCCUGACAAGAAAGGUUAAUACUUAUAUGAUGGAUAAUUUGAAUAGGGACAAAAACAUGGCUAUGGUAAAGAAUGUUACAUCACAGGUGGAUGUUAUGAAGGGUAAUUUAAGUACAAUUAAAAACAUGGACAUGGUAAAUUGGUCUUUUCUGAUGGAUCCUAUUAUGUAGGUGAUUAUUAGAGAGGUAACUAAUUCUAUGCUUAUCAUAAUUAGGAUUACCUAAUGGAUUUGGAGUAUAAGUAGCAUAUUCUAAAGAAAGAAUAGUUGCUACAUUCCCUCCACCAUAUGAUAAAGAAAGGAGAAAAGAUUAAUAAAAUACUGAAGAAAAUUAAGAGGACGAAGCAGAUUAACAAAAAUCAGAAUACUUAUAUGAAGGUGAAUUUGUAGAUGGAUAUAAACAUGGAAUAGGUAGACUUUACAAACCAACUGGUUCUUAUUACUAUGCUUAUUGGGAAUACAAUAAACCUGCUCGUGAUUUUAUACAAUAUAUUGCUGAAGGACAUAAAUGGAGAAUACUAAAUGUUAAAUAAUUGUAGACUGACUAGAGUAUUAAUUUCUUUAAGAUCAUACAUGAUAAUAGAUCUGAAUGGAAUGAGAAAUAUCCCAUUAAAGGCAAUAGUUAUCCUCCAGCUGAAUUAGAUGGUUAUAAAAGUCUCAUUGAUGAAAAAGGAUUAAAGAGAGAAAAUUUUGAGGAUCCAGAAUUUGAUUUUUCUGAAUAGUCUUUUAACAUUAAAGAUGAAAAUGAUUAACCUAUUGGAGCACCCAUUGAAUUUGAGAGAAUAUUUGCAUCAAAAUACUUCAAAAAGAAAGAUUUUAAAUUAUUCACUAAAGAAAUUGAACCUGGUUAUUUAAAAUAUUAAGAAUAGUAUUGUUGUUAAUAAUUAACAGUUGUGUUAAAUGCACUUACAUUCCAUUCAUAUUUAUUUGCUAAAGUAUUUUCAAGAAAAUAUGAAGCUGAGUAAGAAUAAUAAUCUAUAAAAUAGAAUUGGAUUUUACUUUAUUAAAUUAUUUUUGAGAAACGAAUGGAAAGAGUAUAUUAUUGAUGAUAGAAUACCUGUAUUUAGAUCUGAUAAAAUGCCUAUAUUUUCUAAUGCAUAAGAAUAAGAAUUAGCAUGGGUGAUUCUUUUUAAAGCAUUUGCUAAAUAUAAUUAAGCUUUCCAAUAUUUUUCAAAUGAUAAAUUAAUGAGAGCUGUUGAAUAUUUAACAUUACUUACAGGAAUGCCAACUGUACAAUUAACAGUUCCAAAUGUUUUUGGUGAUAAUCAAGAAUAUUCUGAUUAAGUAAAUGAUUAAUAUUUAUAUAUUCAAGUAAAAAAAAAUAUGGAAAACAUUGUCUUAGAAAUAUCAAAGUACCAAAGUUAGAAUAUGCUAUUUAUAUAAAGAUAUAGAGGAUAGAUUAAAAUUACCUAGAAAUACAGCUUAUCAAAUUGUAGAUAUGUAAGAAUCUUCAUAAGGAAAGAGAGAUGAAUCAUAUUAUCUACUUAUUCUAGCAUCAAACUAAAAACUUGCUAUUAAACAAGAAAUAACCAAUUAAAUUCCUAUGGCUAGAUAAAAAUUGUAAGAAAGAAAUCCUCAAGCAAGAGGCAAUGAUUCUUACUUUUAUAUGGAAUAUAGAGAUUUUAUAAAGCAUUUUUAAUAUGUUGUUAUGUUAUGUGCCACAAGAUAUCCAAUAUAAAAUUAAUAAUUGAUAGAACCUGAAGAAAAAGAUAAACAUAAUCAUGAAUUAAGAUUCUUUUGCAAAUUUAAAACAAAUUUAGCUUAAGAUUGUUUAAUAUGUGUUACUUAAGAUCAUUAAGAAAAAUAGGAUGAGUAUACUCUAUAAGAAAGUAUAAUUAUUAAAUUGAUUAUGCUUUAGAAACAUUUCCUGUAAGAAUUGUACUUGCAAAAGAAAAGGAUAUAUUUACUAAUAAGAAUUAAGUAAAAAAGAAGAUUGUAUCAAGAUGGUCAGAGUAAACUAAUCGUUCAAAAUUAGAAAGAGAAAAGGAUAAAAAAGAAGAAGCUAUCAAAGCUGACAUGAAAUAUGCUUCUAUAUUUGAAUAAAAUUCUGAAAAGAAAUAAAUUAAACCAUACAAAUAUUGUUUUGGAAGAGGUUAAUCUACAGAAAAGAUGUUAUUUAAGGAUGCUUCUUUAGAGAGUGGAGAUUAUGUAUUAUUUGUGUAAGUUGAAACAGGAGAUAGUAAAGAAUAAUUUGAUAUAAAAAAGAUGAAAUUUUGGGUUACAAUUCAUAGUCAAAAACUCAUUUAGAUUCAAAGAUUAGAUUAAUAGAUUUAAGGAUUCUAAAAAGCAGUAUAUGAGAGUGCUAUAGCAAUAGCAGAUAAACAUUCAUCAGAUACUUAAAAAAUAAAAUAUUUUCAUAAAGGAGAUCUUAGUGAAUAAGAAAAUGGAAGUAGUGAUCUUGUAAUUACUUAAUAUUUCAUAAAAAAAGAAGGAACUUAUUUAUAACAUUUAAAUAAUAGAAGUACAAAUAAAAUUUGGAGAUAGAAAUUAUAUUUUAAAUUAGAUAAUAUGUAAAUUAUAGAUCAUAGAGAAUCUUAAAAAUUAGAUAUAUGUUUAUCUAAAAAAUAAACAGCUUUAAUUAUAAUAUAAUAAGUAGGAGCAAAGAAAUAUAAUUUGGAAGGAGGAGAAGGAAUUUGUAUUGUGGAUUUAUUGAAUGAUUAGACUUAAGAGGAGGAUUAAGAAGUGAAGAAUUAAGAUGCAGGUAGUAUUCAUGAGGAUACUUAAACAAAUCUUUAAUAGACUACAACAAAACCUAGAUUAGGAAGUUUAUUAUUUAAAAAGUGAU